GGUGAAGUGGACUGGAUUUGACUGCCCUGAAGACUAAAGCUGGUGUCUGCAGAGGGUUCCCAUUCAGAUGCUGGCUCGGUCUGUGCCGAUAACCAAACAGAGCUGCCACCCUCCAUGGAGCGCACAGGAGGAAUUGGAGACUCCAGGCCGCCCUCUUUCCACCCUAACACUGGGGGCAGUCGCGAAAACUUGGACAAUGAGACAGAGACAGACUCGGUGGUGUCGUCGCAAAGGGAACGACCUCGUCGGAAAGAUGGGCCUGAGCAUGCACCCAGGGUGAAUGGGACAGUGAAGGGAGAGCGGCGCCGAGACCUGGGCGGGUACGAGAGCUCCUCCACGCUCAUGAGCAGUGAGCUGGAGACCACCAGCUUCUUCGAUUCAGAUGAAGAUGACUCCACCAGCAGGUUUAGCAGUUCAACAGAGCAAAGCAGUGCUUCCCGUCUAAUGAGGAGGCACAAGCGACGCCGGCGGAAACAGAAGGCUCCACGCAUUGAGCGGUCAUCGUCCUUCAGCAGCAUCACAGACUCCACCAUGUCCCUGAACAUCAUCACGGUCACGCUGAACAUGGAGAAAUACAACUUCCUAGGCAUUUCUAUUGUUGGACAGAGCAAUGAGCGUGGGGAUGGAGGCAUUUACAUUGGCUCUAUCAUGAAGGGUGGCGCUGUGGCAGCUGAUGGCAGGAUUGAGCCAGGAGACAUGCUCUUGCAGGUAAAUGACAUCAACUUUGAGAACAUGAGCAACGAUGAUGCUGUGCGGGUGCUGAGGGAGAUUGUGCACAAGCCGGGGCCCAUUACCCUGACGGUGGCCAAGUGCUGGGACCCCAGCCCCCGGGGCUGCUUCUCGUUACCCAGGAGUGAGCCCAUCCGGCCCAUUGACCCGGCAGCCUGGGUGUCUCACACGGCAGCGAUGACUGGCACCUACCCAGCGUACGGUAUGAGUCCAUCCAUGAGCACAAUCACUUCCACCAGCUCCUCCAUCACCAGCUCCAUCCCAGAGACCGAACGCCUCGAUGACUUUCACCUGUCCAUCCACAGCGACAUGGCCACCAUUGUCAAAGCCAUGGCCUCACCAGAGUCAGGCCUGGAGGUGCGUGACCGCAUGUGGCUGAAGAUCACCAUCCCCAAUGCCUUCAUUGGUUCGGAUGUGGUGGAUUGGCUCUAUCACCAUGUGGAGGGCUUUACAGACCGUCGUGAAUCCCGCAAAUAUGCCAGCAAUCUGCUGAAGGCUGGCUACAUCCGACACACCGUGAACAAGAUCACCUUCUCGGAGCAAUGCUAUUACAUCUUUGGGGACCUCUGUGGAAACAUGCAUAAUCUUUCUCUUCACGAUCACGAUGGCUCCAGCGGUGCCUCCGAUCAGGACACUUUGGCUCCACUCCCCCACCCAGGAGCCGCACCCUGGCCUAUGGCUUUUCCGUAUCAGUAUCCACCACCUCAUCCAUACAACCCCCACCCCGGCUUCCCUGACCCAGGCUACAGCUACGGAGGGGGCAGUGCAGGCAGCCAGCACAGUGAAGGGAGCCGGAGCAGCGGUUCCAAUCGCAGCGGCAGCGAGAGGAGGAAGGAGAGAGAGAAGACCGGGGAGUCCAAGUCGGGUGGCAGCGGGAGCGAGUCGGACCACACCACGAGGAGCAGCAUGCGGCGUGAGCGCGCGGCCAGUGAGCGCUCGGUGCCAGCCAGCCAGCACAGCCAGCGUAGCCAGCACUCUCUGGCUCACAGCAUCCGCAGCCACCACAGCCAGCAGUCGUAUGGGCCGCCCGGCCUCCCCCCUCUCUUCAGCCCCCCCAUGUUGCUGAUGCCUCCACCGCCUUCAGCCAUGGGGCCCCCCGGGGCGCCGCCGGGCCGUGACCUGGCCUCUGUGCCCCCUGAACUGACAGCCAGUAGACAGUCCUUCCGAAUGGCCAUGGGCAACCCCAGUGAGUUCUUUGUGGAUGUAAUGUGAAGCGCCCGUCCCCUGUCUGUCUGCUGCUCCUCCUUUCCCCCCUCCAUCCCCGUUGUUUGUCUCCUAGGACCAGCCCUGGCUUCACCCCUUGUUUUUUGAGUUUUGUUUUUUGGGUUUUUUUUUUUUGUUUGUUUUGGUUGUUUUUUUUUGUCUUGAUAACGAAAAGAAAAAAGGGAAAAAAAAUAAUAAAUGGAACUAAACCUUGA